AUGUGGCGGGAUCGCACCAAUCUCUACAUAUCCUACCGCCAAUCCUUCGCCCACCACCCCGCCAAGAAGCCACGUUUCGGUGCCUCCAAUGGCUUCGACGCACCCUCCCAGCCGGAAGAAAGCCGGCGCCUCAUCUCCGAGACGGGCGGUUUCGAAGAAGAUGGCGACAUGGUGAUCGAGAUGGACCUCCUGCCUCCGCGCUGGGUUGACGUACAAGACGAAGUCUCGGAGCUAUUAGCGGAUAUUGCGCAGAAGUCCGCGGAGCUGGAUAAGCUGCACCAGAAACACCUGCUGCCCGGAUUCGGCGAUGAAGAUCUCAGGCGGCAGGAUGAGGGUGUGAUUGAGCGUCUGACGCAGGAUAUUACGCGCAGCUUUCAUACCUGUCAGAAUGCUAUUAAGCGGAUUGAUAUGAUGGUGCGCGAGGCCAAGCAGCAAGGUGGAGUAACCAGCGGCGAGGAGACUAUGGCGAAGAACAUACAGAUUUCGCUUGCGUCCAGAGUUCAGGAAUCGAGUGCUCGCUUCCGGAAGAAGCAGAGUACUUAUCUCAAGAAACUACGAGAUCUGGAAGGCCUUUCGACACCAUUCGACCGCUCACCAACUCCAGUACAAAAUCCGUUCACGGAUCCCUCGUUGAUGGAAUCGGAAGUGGACAAAUCAUUCUCGCAGACGAUGUUAAUGCAAACUCAACAACGAGCCACGGGUCAAAACGAUGCCGCCAUCGCGCAACGAGAACGUGAAAUCAAUGACAUUGCAAAGGGUAUUAUUGAGUUAUCUGACAUCUUCCGCGAGCUGCAAACCAUGAUCAUCGAUCAAGGGACGAUGCUGGAUCGCAUUGAUUAUAAUGUGGAGCGGAUGGGCACCGAGGUCAAGGCUGCAGAGAAGGAACUUAAAGUAGCUACGAACUACCAACGACGUUCCACGAAGCGAAAGGUCAUGCUCCUGCUCGCUCUCGUAGUCAUUGGUCUGAUUAUUUUUUUGGUGGUGAAACCGAAGAAGCACAGCUCUCCCGCCCCAGAACCUGAAGAGGAGUCCUCGAAUAAUAUCAGGUCUGUGCUGGCCUCGGUUGACAGGUAG